AUGUAUAAGAGAGCUUAUAGCGAAUCAGUAGUUCAAUCAAAGAAUAUAUACAGCAAAGAAAGUGUUAAAGAUACACACCCUAAACUAAAAACAAAUGAAGUUAUAGAAAAGACAGAAACAAAACUAGAAAAUGUUGUGGUUAGAAUCAGAAAGUUAGAUGAAAAUGAAAAGUCCACAUUACAUACAGAUCCAAAUGAUAAAACAGCAUUAUAUUUUGAUAAAGAUUUUGAAAUAGAAAAAUAUAAUUUCGAUAUAGUAUUUGAUGAAAAUGAUGAUAAUCAAACAAUAUUUAAUAAUAUAGGAGGACAUUUUAUUAUUAAUAAUGUAUGUAAUGGAUUUAAAGAAACCAUAAUUACUUAUGGACAAACUGGAAGUGGUAAAACAUACACAUUAUUUGGAUCUAAUAAAGAAUAUGGAAUCAUUUAUUAUUUUGUUCAUUAUUUAUACAAAUUAUGUAAUUCAAAAAAUAAAAAUAAAAAAAAAGCUAUUUAUUUAAGUAUUUAUGAAAUUUUGGGAGAUACACUUAUUGAUCUUAUAUCCAACCUCAAUGAAAAAAAUAUUGAAUUCUAUACGGAAGAAUACUAUCUCAAAACUAUAAGAUAUUCUUAUAAAGUUGUUAAUAUUCAAAAUUAUGAUAUAGCAAAAAAAAUCAUUGACAGUGCAUGUCUUUUAAGAAACGUUGAGGCUACAUCUCAAAAUAUGCGAUCAAGUAGGUCUCAUGCAAUAAUCCAAUUUUUUGUCAACAUCUCUGAUUGCACCUUACACAACGGCAUUGAAACUAUAAGAGAUUAUUACGGAGUUUUAACCUUAGUUGAUCUGGUUGGAUGUGAAAGAGAAGAAUUUAAUACAAAUAAGAAUGAACACAGAAAUGAUAAAACAUCUAGCAAAUUUUUAAAUUCCUCCCUUACGUCACUAAACAAAAUGUUGAGAAAAAUGCAGAUGGGCAACCUUGAUGAGUCAGAUAAAAGACAAAGCGUUCUUUGCAAAGUUCUUUUUAAUUAUAUCCAGAAAACUUGUGGAGUUUGCUUAAUAUUUUGUUUUAAUCCAAAAAUCAGCCAAAAAAGUCUAACUAGUUCCACUUUAAUUAUGGCUAGCGAUUGCAAAAAAAUAAAAAGCAAAAGAAAACAACUGAUUUAUGUAAAAUCUGAAAACAAGGAGAGUUUUUUCAAAAAAAUAGCUAACGAUGAAUCAUCAAAGAAGGGUAAUAAUAAAGAAAAAGAAAAAAAAUAUGAAGAAUCAAAUUGGGAAAAUUACAAUACGAUAAAAAAGAAUGUAGAAAAUGAGAAAGACAAAGAAGAGGAAAUGGAAAAGAAACAUUUAGAAAAUAGAAAUAAUUUGGUAGAAGUAGAAGAAAAUAAAUAUUUAAGACUUGAAAACAAUUGUUCAAUAUUUCUUAUAUAUUUAAAUGAUGAUAAACAAGAAGAUGUAAUAAACAUUUUAAAUAAAAAAAAAGAUAAUGGCAAAUUAACUUCUUUAAAGAAAAUAUUAUGUGAUAUUAUAAAUGAACAAUUAAAAGAAGAAAAAAAACGAAAAAAUGUAUUAGAACAAUUAAAAAGUGAUAAUUUGAAAUUGAAAAAUGAGAAUGAUUAUUGGAAGAAAGAAGCUUAUAAUUAUCAUAAUAAAUUAAAAAUAUUAAAUAAAAAUUAUUUAAAAAUGAAUGAGUUCCUUUUAAAAACAUUAAAUGCAAGUACGAAUGAUAAUAAUAUUUCAUCAGAUUAUACUACGUUAUUAUUUUCCAAGUUGGAUGAGCAAAAAGUGAUAAAUGCUGAAAGACAAAAAAAUCAGGCACGAGGAAAAAAUGACAUGACUUUUUCUAGUCAUAAUAAUGAUAAUAUGAAUAAUAAUAUGAAUAAUAAUAUGAAUAAUAAUGGUGAUAAUAUUAAUAAUAUCAAUAAUAUAAAUUAUAAUAAUAAUUAUCAUUAUAAUAAUCAGGCUGUUAAUACAUAUGCGCAACUCAAACAAAAGAAACAACCUGUUCAAAAGAAAUCACAACAUGUUUUGAAUAAUAGCUCAAGUGAUAAAGACAAUUCUCAUAACUUGACAACUUAUUAUAAUGAGGAUCAUUUAUUAUUACAUAAGAAUAAUAUACAAUAUAAUGAAGAAAAAAACAAAGAAAGAAAAGAAUAUUAUAAAGAAGUAAUAAAUAAUAAAGAAUCAAAUAUUAAUAAAUCGGAUGAUCAAAUGAAUAAUAGCAUAGAAGAUAACUUAAAAAAUCACACACUUAAUAAUAUAAAUAAUGAAAAGAAUUAUGUAAAUGAUUAUACAAAUAAUAAAAGUUAUCAAGAGGAAAUUCUUUACCCAAAUAAAAAAGAUAAGAAACAUACAAGUGAGAAAAUUAUGUUACAUAAUAAUAUGAUAAAAGGAGAAAUCCAUAGAAAACAAAAUAUUUAUGAGAAAUAUAAAGAAAACGAUGUUACAAAUAAUAUGGAAAUUGAAAUGAAAAAUAAAAAAAAAAUAAAUAAUUUCAAUUCUCAAAAUAUACAAAGAAAUUAUUCAAUGAAAGAAACUACUAAUAUGUUGUCUAUAGAUAAUAAUAUAAAUAAAAAAUAUUAUCAACAAAUUAAAAAUAUUUCUCCUGAUAACACUACUUAUAUAAUAACAGAUCAAUUAAAUUCAUUACAAAAAAAAAAAGAUACAACAAAAAAUAUUAUUCAUCCUUUAUCGAAUAAAGAUAAUAAAAUGUUAACAAAUAUUACUAUUGAUUCUUUAGCAACAAAAAUAAAAAAUAGACUCUUGAAAUCGAGAAGUUUGUCAAUAGCUAGGGAGAAUAAAAUGUGA